AUGACGAGGUAUGGACUGGUUGCUCUCAAAGUUGGCUCUCUAGUUCAAUGCUGUUUUCUCUUUUUGAUUGCUGAAAAAAGUAUCACAUUAGGCUUGAGAGAAGACUUACCAGAAAAAGAUGAACAACCGGAGUUCCGAUAUUUCUACAUUGGAUUAUUCCUGUGUUCGUUCGUCUCGUUCAUCUCAGUUUUUUCUAUUUCAAUCUCUGCCUUCCUGCCAUACAACGUAUUCAAGAAAAAGUUGGUUGUGAUAUCAAACUACUUCCAAUUGCUCAUAACGAUCCCAUUCUUGAUAUCUGGCCUGUAUUUGGCAUUUCAUGAACAACAAUACCAUUUGAACGAUGCUUUCGAACAAAAACAUCUUCAAGGAACAAAUGAUUCGAGCGUCUGGGAUUCAUACCAAUUCUAUUGUUGCUGUGGAUGGAACGCGGACGCCAAUGUUUCUUUCUGUGAGAGUAAAACAUGUAUACGUCCCUGUUCCUCUAUAAUACCAGAGAAACACAAAAGAUUUGCGAAAUACUUCUCUUAUUUUCUUUCUUUUUCUGCUCUUCUCAUACUGUUGAGUUCUCCCUUUCAUUACGCAAUCUUUGAGAACGAGAGAAGAAUUGAAAGAGCCAAGUUCAUACGCACCUGGCAAAAGAAAUGGAAACUCAACUUUCGUUUGGAAAAGAACCAACUUUCGGAUGAUCUUACACAAUACACUCUAUCACCUACUGAAUCUUUGCUUUCGACGAUGGAAUCUACUUAUGCCAUCGACAAAACACAAAAAGAAAGUAGUGGAGAGUUUGAUUUCUUCUUCUUGAAAUCCAAACGAUCAUCUCGAAAGCUACCGUCUGAGACAUCUUAA